ACAAGGCGCACAUUCCGAUCGCCACGAAUUCUUUCGCAAUCCACUCGUCGUCGUUCCUUCGCUACGAGUCGUCAAUCGACGGCACCCGUCGCUCCGCGAAGAUGCAGAUAUUUGUGAAGACGCUGACCGGCAAGACUAUAACCCUUGAAGUUGAGAGCUCUGAUACCAUAGAGAAUGUUAAAGCCAAGAUUCAGGAUAAGGAGGGUAUUCCUCCGGACCAGCAGAGGCUCAUAUUUGCUGGAAAGCAGCUAGAGGAUGGCAGGACAUUGGCUGACUACAACAUCCAAAAGGAGUCCACCCUCCACCUUGUUCUGCGCCUGAGAGGCGGGAUGCAGAUCUUUGUGAAGACUCUUACUGGGAAGACCAUAACUCUGGAGGUUGAGAGCUCUGACACCAUUGAUAACGUCAAAGCAAAGAUCCAGGACAAGGAGGGCAUCCCACCAGACCAGCAGAGACUUAUUUUUGCUGGGAAACAGCUUGAAGAUGGUCGGACCUUAGCUGAUUACAACAUACAGAAGGAGUCCACCCUACACCUUGUUCUUCGUUUGAGGGGUGGGAUGCAGAUUUUUGUGAAGACCCUUACUGGGAAGACCAUAACCCUGGAGGUCGAGAGCUCUGACACCAUUGAUAAUGUGAAGGCCAAAAUCCAGGAUAAGGAGGGUAUCCCUCCUGACCAGCAGAGGCUUAUCUUUGCCGGAAAGCAGCUUGAGGAUGGGCGCACAUUGGCUGAUUAUAACAUUCAGAAGGAGUCUACUCUUCACUUGGUCCUCCGCCUCCGCGGUGGCAUGCAGAUUUUUGUGAAGACGCUAACUGGAAAGACCAUCACACUUGAAGUGGAGAGCUCUGAUACCAUAGACAAUGUCAAAGCCAAGAUCCAGGACAAGGAGGGCAUCCCACCUGAUCAGCAGCGACUCAUCUUUGCUGGGAAGCAGUUGGAAGAUGGGCGUACGCUGGCUGAUUACAACAUUCAAAAGGAAUCCACCCUUCAUCUUGUCCUGCGCCUCCGAGGAGGGAUGCAAAUCUUUGUCAAGACACUAACUGGAAAGACCAUCACGCUUGAGGUGGAGAGGUCUGACACCAUCGAUAAUGUGAAGGCCAAGAUCCAGGACAAGGAGGGUAUUCCUCCAGAUCAGCAGAGGCUUAUAUUUGCUGGGAAGCAGCUGGAGGAUGGGCGUACCUUGGCGGAUUAUAACAUCCAAAAGGAGUCCACUCUUCAUCUUGUGCUGCGUCUCCGUGGUGGUGGUACUUUGGCAGUUUGAUGUCUUUCCAAAAAGCAUGGUUGCUCUUUCCAGAUUGUGGUGGUGCUCUUCCUUUUGCACCUGAGCUUUUCGUUUCUGUAGUUUAUGUUGGUACUAGUGUUCAAGGUGUGAAUCUGCUUGGUACUCGUUCUUGUGUAACUGAAUCUUAUAUGCUUGUUACUUGUAACUGUGACCAUCCACAUUAUUGAGCUUGCUA